UAUUGUACUUUUUUCAAUGACUCACCCACUUACCACGACGACGACGACGACUCUCUCUUCUUCACUCUCUCUGCCUUUAUCUUCUUGACGGAGUCUUCUUUACAAUUCUUCAUCAAAAUAUCUUUUUCUUUUUUGACCAACUCUGCAGAUUCAAUCUAGUCACCCUAAAACAAGAUUAUAGCUCCGAUCACAUAUGGCUUCUUUCUGGUCCCUCAAACUCCUCCUUAAAUGCAUUGAUUUUCUUUCAUGGCCCGUUCUUGCUUUGGGUUAUCCUCUAUGUGCUUCCAUUGAAGCAAUUGAGAAUGAUAGCCAUUCAGACACUCGGAAUUUGAUCUCUUAUUGGAUACUUCUCUCACUGAUAUACCUCUUUGAGUAUGCUUUUCUCGAGCUUCUUCAGUGGUUUCAGUACUGGCAUUACAUGAAGCUAGUGAUUGUUGUCUGCCUCAUGAUGCCGGACUUCGGAAGAGCUGCUUAUGUCUAUAAUCACCUCAUUCGUUCAUGUCUCUACAUGAAUCCACAGGCUGUCAUGAGCAGAUUCCGCAACUGGAAGAGGAUAUUUGUUGAGAAAGAAGAAUUUCUAAUGCAGGCUGAGACGUACAUAGCCCAGCAUGGAACUGGAGCCUUAGAGAAACUCAUUGCUAGCAAGAGCACAGAGCAAAGUCCUAAUGCAGAAACAAAAAAAGCAGUUCCAGCUACUGAGAAGAAUGAAAUCCUGAAGACAAAUAGAGGAAGGCUUCACAUGGAACAGAAAGGCAUCAAAGAUUUGGAGAUGAUUGAAAAAGAGGAAGUUUCUGAAGUCAAGCAAUUUUCAACUUUGCAGGCUAAUACAGCCUUGGGGAGACUCAAAUCAAAUGAAAGCGCAUCGUCUUCCUCGGAGAAAACCCAAAAAAUGGUGGCAGACAGAGGAGGAGGAGCAUAUCCUCAGAUUUCUUCAUUUGAGAAUGUACAGAAAGAGUGGGCUUGUGCUAUAUGCCAGUUGACAAUGCCUUCUGAAGCUCAUUUGAAUUCCCACCUGCAAGGAUGGGAGCAUAUGCAUAAGGCUGCUUGCGAAGCACUGAAAGCGAAGAAAACCGAAGGAAAGGCUGCGGCAACUGACACAGGAAACGGAGCAUCUGAUGAUACCCCAUUACUUAUCACUGUUAAAUCUCGCAGAAGGAGACGUAGAAAGAAUGGAAAAGGGGCAGAAAAUAUGGGACUAUUGGAUUAGAAGAAAAUACAAUGGGUUAGGACCAGAUGAAACAAAAAAGUAGAGGAGUAAAGCUAGGUAGUGUCGGUAACGGUGAUGACUACUUUUUGGCACUUUAAAUUUGUAUUUUUUGUGCACAAGGAGGUGUGGAGUAUUUUGAAGUUGUGAGUAUGAGGAGAGCUCUGACCUGUCGACUUUCAGGUUAGGGGUGGAAGAAGACUAUCUUUUGUCAUCAUUUUCCCUACUUAUUUUAGUGUGUUAGUAAGUGGCUUGUGUUUGCUUUACCUUCUUCUUUUUUUUUUUUUUUGGUGAUUCUGUUCUGAGUGUAUUUUGUUAUGUUUCUUUGUAACUAUAAUUCGAGUGUACGAGUGAAAAAUUCAAUCAUUAAUUUUUCUGGUU